UUUAACUGUGGCACAAGAUGUCUGUGUAGUGUUAAGGGCCUGCUAGUCAGAGGUCAGGGUUGAGCUGAUGGAAACUGUUAGCGCUUUGGUGUCACUGAAUGCUGUUGAUACUGAGCUGUGAGGCCGUGUAGAUUAUAUGUAUUCUUAGUGCUGGCAAACCGUAGUGCUUUUCAUUGUAUGUAUUUGUCAUUAUCUAUAAACUGUCCAGACUCAUCAUGUGGCUCACAAGGCUCACCUCACAAUUGGCCAAAGUUACACGAUCUACAGGAAUUCUUAUUCCACAAUGUAGAUCUCUGAUUCAAAAUCACAGUGGUAUGUCGGCCUCUUACAGUUCACAGCAGCCUCCACGACAAAUGUUGCAACACCAUGCGUGGUACAACAUGGAGCAUGAACUAGAUGAAAUUCUUGUGCCCCGCAUGAUGUCAAUUAGUCCCUUGGAAAGUUUUCUUGUCACUCGCUAUUCCCUGCCUAAGUCAGAGGGAUUUAAUACUUGGCAAGAGCCCGCAGAACAUAGUAAAUCAUAUGAAUGUCCAAGUCAUCAAGAUUGUGAGGAUAUGGAUGAGGAAACAGAAGAGAGGAAUAUAGUGCAGUGCAAGAAUGUCUUGAAGAUUCGAAGGAGGAAAAUGAACAAACACAAGUACAAGAAGUUGCAGAAAAGGACCAAGUUCCUGCGACGAAAGAUAAAAGAUGGCCGCAGACGUAGGAAGCAGGCCAACUUUGAGAGAGAACUGAAAAGAAUCUGGAGGAAGGCUGGUUUGAAGAAUCCACCAGAGGGCUGGCAUGUUCCAAAGAUAUAUGUGAAGCACUGAACUUUUUUUUAUUUUGUGUUCCUAUGUUCUUAGCGUCUGUUGUAAUUAAUAAAUGUAAUGUUCUGGAUUACAGCUAAA